AUGCCAGAGUCUUACCUCAUUAUCCAUCUUCUUUUUGCAGUGAUACAAUUCCUCACCAGAGUUUUAGCAAAUGGCAUCAUUGUGGUUGUGAAUGGCACUGACUUGAUCAAGCAGAGAAAGAUGAUUCCAUCGGAUCUCCUUCUUUCCUGCCUGGCAAUUUCUAGGAUUUGUCUGCACUUGGCCUUCUUCUGCAUUAAUCUGGCUGGUCUCUCCUGGAUUGAAUUCACUCCAUUUUCUGAGACUUUUGCAAUUCUCGUGUUUGUAAAUGAAUCGGGACUUUGGUUUGCCGCAUGGCUCAGCGUUUUCUACUGCGCCAAGAUUGCCCCCAUCGCUCACCCACUGUUCUUCUGGUUGAAGAUGAGGAUAGCCAAGUUGGUGCCAUGGCUGAUCUUCGGAUCCCUGCUAUAUACAUCUAUCAUUUCUGUUUUCCAUAGCAAACAUACAUGGACUCUUUCUCAAAAAAUCUGGUUGGAUCUUUCCUCCAAUAAUGCAACAACUCAAAUCAAAGAACUAUCUGUUUUACAGUGUGCCUUUAUUGGCAUUGAGCUUUCACUGCCAUUACUUAUCUUCCUUAUUUCUGCUCUGCUCUUGAUAUUUUUCCUGGGGAGACACACUCGGCAGAUGAGAAACACAGCGAUGGGCACCAGGAACCCUAGCACGAGUAUCCACACCUGUGCAUUUCUGUCCAUCCUGUCCUUCCUGGUCCUCUACCUCUCCUACUAUGUGAUGAUUGCUUUGUUCCUUUCGCAAAUUUUCAAGCUCAGAAACUUCAUCUUUCGGUUCUGCAUCUUGAUGAUUGGUUCAUACUCCUCUGGACACUCUAUUAUCUUAGUUUUAGGGAAUUGUAAACUGAAACAAAAUGCAAAGAAGUUCCUCCUCCACAGUAAGUGCUGUCAGUGA